AAGUCAGGGGCAGCACUGCGCAUGCGUACAAUCCUUCUGGAAUAUUUCCUCACGUGGAGCGGCUUCCCUGCAGUGUGUCAGAUCCACGCUCACGCAGAAACCGGGGUGCAGAUCCACGGCGGCUCGUAGACCUCUUUUACAUCCAGACAUGGUAAGAAAAUCAAGAAAAUAUAACCUGUAAAAAUUUGUUUAUAGAGCAGCAGCAGAACCGUUUUAGUGCAGAGUUACCUUUAGCUGCCGGUUGCUAAUUUCACGUAAGCUUCCUUUAAUUCACAAGGUCAAACAGCUGAGUGAGGAGCAGAGUGAAAAUGAAGCACGUGCUACAAAGCAUGUGCGUGUUUAGUUUGUGGUUUAUAAAAGAAAACGGAAGAAAAUACAGCAGCAUUUAUUUGUAACAGACACGAAGAUGCGGCUCUAAACGGCCUGUCAGUUGACACAGUAACACAUAUUCGAGCUUUCCGCUUUAGUUUGAGUGUUUAGGAUAACAAAUAACAUCUAAGAUCUUAGAAUUUGUUGAAUAACGUUACCUAAAAAAUACACGGAUGGUGACAUUAAUCCUUAUAGCGGACACACGUGCUUAAAUGAAGUGACAGCAUCGCCUUACACAUCCUGGCUUACUAUUAUUUCAACCACUUUGGGGCAGAUAUGCUUUUUAAAAACGCAACCUGCAAACAAGAUUGAUUUCUUCUUCAUCAAUGCAUGCCCUUGAUCAGUGAAAGAAACGCACACACGUUUGAAUGAGUUCCGGGUUCCGCUACGUAGACUCUGACGUCAGAACGUCCUGAGGUCUCAUCAGGGGUCCCAUAACUUCAUUCGUACUCACUUAAAUAAUACCAAUUUUACAUGGAUUUUGCAUUCGCAGUGAUGAUUAUAAGUAUAAUAAAUGGUCUCAUCCAGGUUAUAUCUUGCAACUUACAUUAUUGUAUAUUAUCUCCUUAUUUUGACUUAUUUUACUUACUUUAUCUAUGUAUCUCCUUAUUUUAACUUAUUUUACUUACUUUAUCUAUUAAUCUCUUUAUUUUUUACUUUUUUUAUCUAUUAUGUAUCUCCUCUUUCGACUUUAUUUGCACUGGAGUUACUGUAACCACCAGGGGAUUAUUAAAGUAUUUCUGAUUCUGAGUCUUAAACUGCUUUGACACACAAAAUAUGUGAAAUGUCUUGUAAGACUUGUGACUGUGACUGCGACUGGUAAUAUAGAAAGCAGGAAUGGAACACUAGAAUAUUCUAGGACUUGGUAUAAUUGCCAGGUAUUAUUUGAGAUUGCAACAAGCGUAGCUGGAAGACAAGAGGGAGUCAUGAAGGUUAUGGAGGACUCAGACCACACAAAGUAUAGCUCCUAAACUGUCAUCUCUGUUAUUUUGUAGUUGUCUUAAAAUAAUUGCCACAAUGUUAGUUGUGAGAUCUGUACAGAGCCACCGAAGGCCCAAUAGGUGGAAUGUUUUAUCUGCUCACAAAAUAUUGACAGGAAACAAAUGAUGCACACUAUAAAAUAACAUUGAUGUAGCAAGUUAUUAUAUGUGCAGCAAGAAUAACUAGCGAUAACGGUAUUCUGUGCACAUUACAUUAACUUGAUUCCACAAGAUGACAACCUGGGUACACAGUAUUGAAACUUAUUCCUCCAACUUGGUGAUAUUGUUUGAAAACGAUCUUAUUCAUCUUUGAUUUUGUGCACACAAGGUAUCAGCCUUUGGCCACGUAUAAGCCCUGCUUUGUAAAAUCUGGUUUGAUACAGAAAUUCAUGUAGCAGACUGCUAGAAAAUUGAGGUUAUUGAACUUGCUCCCCUGCCCCAUCAUGAAGUACUGCAGAGAGAACCUUUUGGAAAACUGGACUAACUGGCCUCAUCUGUUAUCUUGCCUUGUUAAAAACCUGGGGGACGUUUCCUCUCUGAUCAGGCCUGUUAUCACAGCUUCAUGUUUGGAUUUUGUAACCGACUGCUCCCCUGAAAUACCAAGAUGGCUCUAUCAGGAGGCCUUGUCCUUGGAUGCCUCGGGUUAAACAGUCACAGAGAAGAAGUGACUCCUCCUCCUCCUCCCCUCUGGAGCUUCAACUGAAUUUGAUCAGUCAACAACGGGGCUUGUCCUUCCUUCCUCCCAACCCCCCUUUUUUAACUCCCUCCACCAUUCUCACAGACAACCUUCAGCCAAGGUUACUUAUACAUCUGCUCUUAUCAGACUGCAGCUGUUGUCAUAAAUCUUACAAAGGCCUUCACCUCCCUGAUUCCUCCCCCUGCCCAUGACUUCAGGCAUACCUUCAGUAUUUGGCAUGAAGAAGAACUGCUGACUCUCAUUAUCCAAAUUUCCUCUGAAUUCAAGUGGGUUCAUAAAGGCUUUCUCUGUCAUGGUGCUGCUCAUUUAUUGUACACACACAGUUUUUACUUAAGAUCUCUCUAGCCUAACCCCUUCUCCUCCCCUUUACCUCCCCCUGCCCUCACAGAACAGCAAUAAUUACAGAUUAUUCAUUUCUUUUUCUAUAAAGAAGACUCCAGUUUGCAAAAUACAGAGUUUGGAGCUUAUAUAUUUUUCUCACUGUAGCUGAAGAAUGAUGGUAUCCUAUAAAUACUAUUAAAAAAAAGAAUAUGGUGCCAUGAAGAGUUAUAUAGACACAGAUUGACUUUUUUGGGUGGUUUGCUUGUUUGGCCACACCUGUCAUGAUACUCCUCAUCAUCCUGCUGCUGUAAAGAUUCAUGUAAAUGAAUGUAGUGGCCCCCUGUUUCAUGAGAAUUAUAACUUGAUGAAGAACAUCAGGUUGAAACUUGAAUUUUUGUGAAAUUGGUGAAGUGUGCCGUUGCUGUUGUUUUAGGUCUUCUCCCAGGACAGGAUGUACAUCACCCCCCACCCCACCUUUUUCAUGUAUCUUUAUUUACUCAUGACUGUUCUGUUUGGUUUCUUAAAGGCCUUCAGAAAAUUCCUGCCCUUGUUUGACCGGGUGCUGGUGGAGCGUUUCACUGCAGAGACGGUAACAAAGGGAGGCAUCAUGCUGCCAGAGAAGUCUCAAGGAAAAGUGCUGCAGGCCAUGGUGGUGGCAGUCGGACCUGGCUCUGUUAACCAGGUACAAACAAAUAGUAAAUCUAACAUUACACAGCUGUGAUGAAGAGUUCAGGGUUUUCAAGUUGCUCCAUUCUUUGUCAUUAAACGUAUUAUUAUUAUUUUUUUUUCUAGAAAGGAAAUCUGCAGCCCGUCAGUGUGAAGGUUGGAGAGAAGGUACUCCUACCAGAGUACGGUGGAACUAAAGUCAGUCUGGACGAUAAGGUAGAGUACAUUUAACUGCAUUUAAAACAGUAAAAACUUUUAAUUUUUGCCUUUCUUAACUGACCUUUUUCUCCUCUUUUCAUUGCUGUAGGAAUAUUUCCUGUUCCGUGAUGGAGAUAUCCUUGGUAAAUACGUCGAUUGAGCCUUUUUUGUCACCAUAGAAGUCCCAUCAUCCUCAGAGAGAAGAAAUUAUGUCGUCUCAUUCAUGUUUUUUUUUUCUAUGUUAUUUCAAUUGUAAAUAAUUCUAAUCACAUUUUGUUACGAUAAUAAAGGUGAACUGUUGGAUUUUUGUCUGUUUGUGUCAAACUAUGAAGCAAUCAAAAAUCCUGGGAGGGAAUUUGUAGCCACUCGUUUAGUCUUUUAGCUUUGUCAACCUAUUUUAUUUUUUGAAGUUUUAUUUAGUCUUUUGUGUUAUGUUUUGUGUUAAAUGAGAAUAUAAGUGUUUGGGAAUGUUUUAUUGCUCCCUCUGGAAAUUAAGUGAUGUAGAGAAGAAAAUUUUCAUAAAAUAUGAAUGAUUAAUUAAAAAACAAGGACUAA